GCAAGUGGCAACCCUUAUUAGAAAAUGACGCGCGGUCUUGGCGUUCAUUGACAUCCGUUGUAAUUUUGAAAAUAAAAACAGAAAACUCUGUAGAAAUUCGGACACGCAUGAUUUUAUGUAAUAAACAAGUUACAUUGUGACGAUAAAGUGCUCUUAAGUGAGAAGAAACAAUGGAUAGUGACAGUGAAAAUGAUAUACUUACAUCUAACAACGUUUUUACUUUUCAGACUAUGAAUACGACGGUCAGUGCCAAAGGUCCAAACAUGACUAAUAUCACAAGUUUGAGCUACCGCAACAAUGUUCCGACAUCAACCAUGUACUUGCCUCGAAACAUGGAACAUUCCAAAUAUGCCAGUUCAGUGUAUGACCAGAGAAGCAUUCACAGCAGAAGAGAGGUCUCCCCUAUGUCAGUGCGAAGUGCUUACGACUUUCAGCCAAGGAAUUUUAACAUGUCUCACUAUCCUCGCGGCAUGAGCUCACAAAGGUCUGUGAUGAAUGGAAGGAGUGGAAGUCCAAUGUCUAUGACUUCUACAACAAGUGUUAGUGCCAUUGACAUUGCUAUGGCACUCAAAAAUACCCAGUUUAAUAGGCAUGAUUUCAAAAUAAUAUCAGAAGCAUAUAAUAAAUUUGUGAAAAGUAAAAUUAGAAAGAAAUUUGAGAGGAAGCGAAAUCUUAGAUUGUUUUUAAAAGGAGCUAGACGCAGGUCUGGUGGGGAAUCCGGAGAGCAAGGAAGUGAUUCCUCCAUCAGUGAUGAUGAUUGUAGAUCCAACAAGACCUCAUUAUAUAAGGGGAAUAUGUCAAGUAGUAGAUCAACAAAAUCAGACCUCACCAACAUUAGGAGAACAAUGCAAGAAAGUAAUAUUUACAAUGAUUGUUCAGCUAACCUGAAACAAAAAUCCUUCAAAAAUAUGUUUUCUGUUGACUCUGGUAGUUUAAAUUCAAAUGCUUGUAAUAAAUCACAUAAUGGUCCAUUACAGAAAGAUCGUUUCAAAUCAAGCUUUCUCUUACCAUCACAAAGAUUUAACAAAACUGUGGCUGCUUCAACAAUACCUGAGAAUGUGGAGAAACAACCCAGAAACAUGUACCAAAAGUCUGCUAAAGAGAAUUUUGCCAAAAAUGAUGUGAGAGGAAACAACUUCAUGUCAACAAUAGAUAGUGAACAUGAAGAAAUAUUUGCAGAGGCCCCCGUUAGACAAAAUCAACUUGAUACAGAACCACAGCGCAAAAGAAUCCUAGAAAAAGAUGAGGAAACACCUACACCCCAUAAAAAGAGAAAUAGGUUGUCACCAAUUAAAAAUAUAUUGGGUGAUCAUAAUUUAAAUGAAGAUAUAAAUAGUGAUCAAAGUGGCAAAAAUCAAGAUGAAUUUAUUUUUGCCAAGCCUUCAUUUCCUAUUAAAAAAAUAGCUAAUCCUAAAGUAAAGGAAAAAUUAAUUGCCAAAUCCCCUCAUGUUAAUAAUAUUAUAUUUGAAAAAAAUGUAACUCAAGAAAAUAAUGCUGCACACCCUGUAAAAAACACCAAUAUAGUACAGGAAAAAGAACAACAUCAAAACAAAGAAGGUCUUGAACCAAUUGAUCAUUCUAGCACUGAUAUCUCUAUGAGACCGAGUUUUAUAAAGAGAAAGCUUUUCACCCAAAAACUGGAUGUUGCAGAGAAUAAAGUGCUAAGUUCUGAUCAUGAAAGUAGUCCAAAAACUGUAUAUGGUGCAAUACAAAAAGAAAAGCACAAAGCUAGAAAAUUAGUUACAAAUCAAUCAUGUUUAAGCAGAGAUGUACUUCAUGAUGAUAAUUAUUUGGAUUUGAUACACAAGAUUGUGCCGCCAGACCAAAUGAAUAGCACAAACCAACCAAACAAAAGUGACAAUCAAAGAAAUAGUAAUGGUGAUGAUAAAUGGGAUGUCACUUCUGUUAUAUCAACUUGCAAUCUUGAUAAUGCAAGUGAUACUUAUACGGAUGAAGAUAUAUUUCAUGACGAAAAUAAUAUUAAAAAUAAAAACAAAAAAACUGCAAACAAACCUGUUCCUAAAAAUAAGCAAGAGUGUAAAGUAAUUAUUGAAAGAGUUCCGGCCGUUCGAAAUAUGCUUCUGAAAAAUAAUAUAAAAUGCAAUCUCAAACAAAAUGAAUCUUCAAGUUCUGCCAAUGUUACUAAAAAUAAUAUGAAAUCAUGUGCCAAGUCAUUUUGGGACACUGAUUUAGAAAGCGAUAUUGAGUGCCAUGGUACACAAAAAACAAUAAAUACUAUUAAGCCUCCCUCAAUUCCAGGUAACAAAAUAAAAGCUGUUGAUCAGCAACCAAAAAAAGUUAAUCCAAAGAAAACCACACCACCAACAGCAAAUAUUUCAUUACUUAACAACUCCACAGCUACUGUUUAUAAAUUUAACAAUACUAGCCUAAGUAUCAAAUCCCAUAGAACUAUAAAGAAAAAGAAAUGCUGCGACGAAGAUUAUCAAUCAAAUGCUACUUUAAAUCCAACUCAAAAUAAACAACCUGCUUCAAAGGAUACAUCCUGUCUCUCAUAUUCUACAUUUGUAAAAAACGUAAAAACACAAAAUACGGCGGCGAGUAUUCCAGAUAAAACAGUAAACAAUGUUCGCAACAAAAGGUCAUGUCGUACUCCAAAGCAAAAUACUGAAAAUACAUUAACAAAUGAAAAUAAAACAACCAGUAAAAGUGGAGCCAACCAAAGUUUAAGACCAAGGAAAACAGACACAUCAAGUAUAGUAUUAGAUGAUGAAAUUCCACCUAAAACUAAACCAAAAAAACAAAAUGUCAAUACAGGUAAAAGUAACAAAAAACAAGCAGAUAAUACGAAGCCUGCCGUCAAUUCGAGAAAAAGUGAUGUAUCUUUUACUUUAAAUACAGAUGUAAAAUCUCAACCAGUCAAAUCAAAGAAAUUAGAAACCGUAAACAAAAGCAGCGAACGCAAAUCUCGACCAAGUAAUGUAUCAUUUUCUAUAACAUCAGAAUAUCCUAUGACGAGAAGUAGAUCUGCAAGCAAGAGUAAUGAAUAUAAGACAAAUAGAAGUAGAAGGAAAGUUAACCAUAACAUAAGUGUAAAUAAAGAUACAUCACUAAAUAAGUUGGUUAUUAAAACUCCAAACAAGAGGGAAGGAAAUAAUGGAGUAAUAAAUAUGGUACAAGAUUUAAAAAGUAACAAAAGUAAGGUGGUACGAAAAAGAUAGCAAUUAUGAAAUGGUUUUUAAACAUUUUUUGAUGUAAAAUGAAUUUGUAUUAUGUGUUUUAGUGCAUAGAGACUAUUUUGUAAUAUCAGUACAUAGUAAUGUAUGUGUAUGAGAAGCAAAUAAGUAGGUGGUUAUUGUAAAAACACUUAAAAUAAAUUAGGAAUUGCACAACCACCUCCUAUCUAGAACCUUUACCGAUAAUGUAUAUUGGUAUUGUAUAAUACCAGCAAGACGAUCAUGUAAUUUUUUUCCCUUUACUAUUAUUUUGUGAUGAUAAGGCGAUUAUAUUUAAUUAAUUAUGUUAUAUCAUGCUGCGGAUCUAAAUGUUAUCGAACAUAAGUCCGCCUUUUGCAGAAACGUAUUUUGAAGCUGACAAUGUUACUUAAAUUUUAUACCUGUUUUAAUUUAUUUUUAUUUUACAAAGGAAAUCGACUCUUGAAAGGCAUUCAUAUCUAAGCGACAAAUAUACUGAAAAUGGAUUAUAUAAAUAUUUUGAAUCGCCAUAUUUUUCUGCGUCAUUUGAUCUAGGUUUUAUAGGUCUAGGACAAUUUUAACAUCGUUAGACUAUAUCUUUAUAAAAUAAACAUUUUUAUUGUUAGGAAUUUUCAUAUUAAAAUCAAAACUUUAAAGCAAAAAUUUACUGAUUGUCGCUUAGAUAUGAUUGCCUUUCAAGCGUCGACAGGCUAUGUUGCAAUAUUCAUAUUUCAUGGAUAUAAGUUAUUUGACUCUGACAAUUUCUUGACAGCAUGAAUGAGUAUACUGAGAAUUGUUUUAAUGAAUAAUUUAACAAUAAAUAUGUGGUUUUAAAUAAUGUAUGAUUGUAAAUAUAAUAUAUUAUUGU